GUUAUAUUCAAAAAGAAUAAUGGAGGAAAGAGGAUUAAGAUCAAAUGAGAAAGUCACUAAAUAACUAGAUUAUUAAACCAGGAAAAUGGUAUCACCUCAAACUGAUGUAAAUUUGAAGAAAGAAAAUUCAAAUCCUUUGGAUUAAAACAAUAGCACUUAUUCACUCAAGGGUUAUGAAAGACAAGCUCCAUAUUCAUCAAACUAGUUUGAAUAGAGUCGUCAAACAGGAGAGCAAUAAAAAAUAACAUCCAACAAUAACCCAUACCUUAAGCAAUCAUUAUACAAUAAUCCUGAGCCAGGCAAACCCUUUAUUCGCACAUAUUAAGAAGGAGAUCUAAGAAAGCCUUUGGAUUAGGCAAAUUUUAAACAGGAAUUACGAUAAAUCAACGAAAGAGAGAUAACUAGUCCCUAUGUGAAUCUUGAAAACCAAAAGAGAGAUCCUAUUGGGACCAGAACUCCUAUUGAUCCAAGAGCAAAUAUGAGUGCUUAUACACCACAAUCUAGAUAAGAUUUAUAUCGUCGAGACGUUUAAUAAUCAGAUUACAAACGGGAAUUUCAAUUACCUGAAUAUAAAAGAAUGUAUCCCGUUUAAGAUUCUCGUAUUCCACCCAGACAGAUCAAUUCAUUUGAAAUGCAAUAGAAACCAGUAGAUCAGCAAGGAGAUAGGAUGAGAUACGAUUAGGAAAGGAUAAGGACAUUGGGAGGAUAAUAAGAAUAACCUGAAAGAAUGGACAGAAUGAUAAGGGCAUCUGAUUAUGUGAGAAAAUCUGAUAAUCAAGACUUUUUAGAGUAAGAUAAAAGACCAUUAGAAAGAAGGGAAUAUAUGGAAAGAGGUGGAGCUGAAUAGGGUUAGCAUGAGUAAAGAAAUAACACUUCAAAAUCCCAAGAAUAUUCUUAAAGAUCAUAAAAUUAAGUUAGAAAAUAUUAAGAAGGAUCCAAGACUCCAAUCGAAGGAAGAAUGAUUGAAAGAAGAGGAUUUGAUGAUCAUAUGCAAUUGCAAGGAAGACCCUAUUAAUAACCAAAUCCUUAAAAUCCUUAUCUUGAAGGUGGAAAAUAAUAAUUUUAUGAAGCCAAACCUCCCUUGGAUGAACAACGAAGAAUGGCUAAUCCUUAUGAGGAGAGGAGAAAUCUAAAUCCAUAUGAAACCAGACCCUAAUUCUUGGAUUAGAGGCCACCUUAUGAAAGAAGACCAGAUCGUCCUGAUUUGGAGAGAAGACCUGACCAUCCUGAUUUUGAAAGAAGACCUGUCCAACAUGAAUUUGAUAGAAGACCAGAUUUCGAGAGAAGACCAGAUCGCCCUGAUUUUGAGAGAAGAAUAGAUCGCCCUGAGUUUGAAAGAAGACCUGAUAGACCUGAAUUUGAUAGAAGGCCUGAUAGACCUGAAUUUGAUAGAAGACCCGAUAGACCAGAAUUUGAAAGAAGGCCUGAUAGACCUGAAUUUGAAAAAAGACCAGAUAUUGAAGGAAGAUCUCCUUAUUAAGCAAGAUUUGGACCAGAAGGAAGAUUCGAUGCUGAUUAAAGAUUACCUCCUGAUUUUAAAUAUCGCUAAUAAGGACAUAAUAAUGAAAGAUUUUAAUAAUAAGGAAUCAGGUAAGGAGUAGAAGGAAUAUAGGCAUAAAGAGUGCAAUUUGAAGAAAGACCUCCUUACGGUCAAGGUGGCUUAUAAGAUGAGAGACAAGGGAUGAAUUAUAGAAAAUACUCAGAUGGUAGAGCUAUUUUGGAUGGACGAGUCGAAAAUAGAGAUGCUGUUGAAGGAAGACCAGCAUAGUAGGAAGGAAAAUAAUAUUAAAUAGAUGGCAGAGUGUUGGAAGGAAAGUAAUAUUAAGUAGAUGGCAGAGCAGGCUUUAAUAGGACAUAUGGAGAGGAUAGAUAUUAAGGAGCAACAAUUUUUGAAGGAAGACCUGGAUUAGAAGGAAGAAGAGAAUAGUUUUGUAUUAGACCUCCAAUAUAAGGCAGAACUUUUGAGGAAAGAGCAAAUGUUGAAUAAAGAGUUCCUAUUGAGAGUAGAAAUUAAUUUUAGAGAGCAUAUGAUGAUAAGUUUGGUGAUAAGUACUUUGAAUAAAAGUAUCCAUAAUAAUAAGACCCAAUUGGUAGAAAGGAUUUAGGUAGGCCUGAGACUGGAAAAUUGAGGGAGGAAUUUGAUAGAAGAACCACUUAUGGUAGACCAGAUAUCGAUGAUAAAAUGGCAGAGUUCGGAAAGAGGAAAGAGGUUGAUGGAAGAGUGAGACCAGAAACUAGUUUUGGAAGGCCUAAUGGAAUAGGAUAGUAACCAGGAGAAAGGUAUUAUAGAAGGGAUUAUAAUGAUUAAGAAUAGAGAUUGAGUUACCAUUAGGACACCUCAGUAAUUGAUAGAUUGGGAUUAGAGAGAGGAACUAAUAGAAAUAUUAUUGGAAAUUAAGCUGCAGAAAAUAUGUUAAGAGGAGGAUAAACAAUGAGCAGAUAAUAUGAUAGAGAGAGAAGUUACAAUAGGUUAGGAAUGGGAGAAAGAGUGGCUAGUUUUACAAACAGUAAGAUGGGUUAUCAAAGAACUGCUGUUUAAGAUAAGGAGGAAUAUUAAGGUUAUGUUCGAUCCAAACUUAUGCCUAAGUCAUUGGGAAAUGGAGCAUCAGAAUUUUAGAGGAAGCAAUCUCAGGAUUAAGGAUUCUAAAAAUGUAUUUAUAUUCACUUAUAAUUUAGUGUAAAGUCCUAAGGCUUAGAUUGAAACUAGAGUUGGAAUAUAUGAUAUUUAGAGAAGAGAUGGAAGGAUUUGAUAGUUAAAC